GUGAAGCGUAGCCCCCUAUUGGAGGAGGGAGGAGAGGGAGGAGCUUAGGAGGCGGAGCAGAAGGAGAACCAUGACCCCCUGUCGCAGUUUGAUGAUGUCAUGCUGGACGCGGUGCUGGUGCCUGCCCUGAGGUUCUGUGGGCAGCCCGCCCGCUGGACAGGCAACUCCACCUCUCACAAGGGGGAGGUGGGUAUCAGUGCCAGGAUAACGUUUGAGGCCCUGUCAGGAGACAGAGCCAGUUCAGUCAUGGAGCUGCAGAAUGAGGGUAGUACGUCAGUCUACUACAGCUGGCAGCGCCUGCCUGUACCACACAGCUUCCCGGACGCCAGGACACACACACACACACAGCACUUCUACUUCAACACCUCCACAGGUGUGAUUCUACCAGGUGAUAGCCAGCCUGUAGAGUUUAUAUUUAAGUCAGAGGUCCCGGGCAUCAGGACAGAGGUGACACUGAGGGUGGCUCUCUACCAGGACAAGACCGCCGACCAGAGACACGCCCUGGAGAGGGAGCUGCAGCAGAGAGAGGCUGUGUCAGUGUGUCGGUCGUUGGUGUGUGACCUGUUACGAGGCGUGUGCACCCCAGAGAGACCCAGCUCCCCUGCAGAGCUCUACACCACCGAGGAAGAACACUUCCACAACAGGAACCCAAAGCUGCAGUACCGUUAUGAGACAGUGGAGGCGCUGAAGAGCCUGUGGCAGCAGGUGACUGCAGAAACAGGAGAGGACAGAGAAACAACCUGGGACCUCUCUGUGUCUACACUACGACAGGCGGUGCUGUCUCUGCCCCAUGGGGACGGGGAGCAGGAUGGACCCCAGGAGAGGCUCACCAGAGAGGGGGCUCUGAGCCUCUAUAACACCCUCCUCCUGGAGCUCACCCAGCCACUCAUACAACUCACACCACUACCACUCAACACUAUAGGGUUGCAGUUGUGGAGAGAGCUGUUGGAUGGUCUGGUCAGUGAAGCUCUGUGGCUCAGACAUCUACUGGGUCUCCCUGAGACAGACACAUGGGGGGAACACACACACGACCACCAUGACAGCUGGGGAAAGAUGAAGAAAGAGGAGAAGUGUGAGAAGAAGGCAGGAGCGUCCCUGAAGGAGGAGAAGAAAGUAGGGAGCAUCAAAGAGAAGGAGGAGAAGAAGGGAGCAGCCAAGCCUGCUGGGAAGGAGAAACCAGUGGAGGAGCGUCCAGGCAGUAAGAAGAAGGGUCGUGAGGAGGUGGUGGGGGGGAAGCGUCCUGGAGGUAAGUCUGGUAAAGAACCAGGCAGAGAGCUCUCCUCCACCACAGCCAGCCCUGAGAGUGACUAUCAGGACCACCUCACUGACUCUACCGUAGAGCCUGAACUACAGGACAAAUACAGGAGACAGCUGCAUCAACAGGCUAGUACACUGUUAUACUAUACUAUACUAUACUAUACUACCAGGACCACCACACUGACUCUACCGUAGAGCCUGAACUACAGGACAAAUACAGGAGACAGCUGCAUCAACAGGUGUAUAUUCUAAUGGAAGGCUUAGUGGACUCUCUGUGUGUGCUGUUGGAUGAGGCUGCAGAGGGACAGGCUGUGAGCUGACACACACACACACACACACACAGCUCUCUGAUCCCAAUGUCCAACUUAAAUAGAUUCCCCUCUUCCUCCUUAACACACACCUUUGUACUGAGAAUCCAUCACAGGUGCAGAGGUUUAUUUUCUCACUAUGACAUCAAUAAACUUGCUUUGUGAACUUA